GCCCACACCUGCAGUGGCGUCUCCAGCUUGGGAGGGACGGAGAGGGAGAGGGAGAGAUGAGGAUGGAAGGAGGGGAGGAAACGCAGGCUCCAGAGAGGGUGUCUUUGAGCUGGGAGAGCCACCCGCCGCAGCCCGCAAACAGCAGCCGGGCUAAGUGGGUCCGGCUGAACGUCGGGGGCACGGUUUUCCUCACCACCAGGCAGACCUUGUGCCGGGAGCAGAAAUCGUUCCUCUGCCGCUUGUGCCAGGGGGAGGAGCUGCAGUCAGACCGGGAUGAGACUGGUGCAUACCUUAUAGACCGGGACCCCACAUAUUUUGGACCCAUCCUGAAUUUCCUCCGUCAUGGCAAGCUGGUACUGAAUAAAGACAUGGCUGAGGAGGGGGUUCUAGAAGAAGCUGAAUUUUAUAACAUCGGCCCUUUAAUCCGAAUAAUCAAGGACAGACUGGAGGAGAAGAACUACACCGUAACACAGGUGCCUCCGAAGCAUGUGUACCGGGUGCUGCAGUGCCAGGAAGAAGAGCUCACUCAGAUGGUUUCCACUAUGUCAGAUGGAUGGCGCUUUGAGCAGCUGGUGAAUAUCGGGUCAUCCUACAACUAUGGGAAUGAGGACCAGACAGAGUUUUUGUGCGUAGUCUCCAAAGAGCUGUACAACUCACCCAAUGGCCUGAGCUCUGAGCCUAGCCGCAAAGCCAAGCAAAUUAAUCUACUCAGGAUUCUGCCAAUUCUUUCUCCUGUCCAGAUUUCCUCUCCUGCUCCCUUCCCACCCAUGGGGUUCUUGUCACCUCUCUCCUACUUCCUCCCUUCCACACAGUCCUUUCCCCAAGAAUCCCUCCCUCUACUCCCCUCUUCCCUCACUCUCUCUCCUCGUGCACCUAGGUUCCUGCCUCCCCUCCCACCUUCCACUCCUGGGGUCCUGUGUGCUCCCUGCUCAGGAUCCUGUCUCCUCCUGCUCCUCACUCUUCCUCCUCUGCAGGUAUGGUACCUGUCUGCACUCUCAGACAUGACUCUGAGCUCUGCAUGAGUGACUCUCAUCUCCUCCCCUCUUAUGGAUCUGGUCCUGGUUUGUAGGUCUUUGGUGGGGGCAGGGAGUGGUUGAUUCUUUCCUUACUCUGUGCUUUUCUGAUUCUCUUUAUGUGUGUCUGAUUUUUUAAGCAGGCCUUACAGUUCUGGACUAGAGGCUCUGGUAGCAGAAGGAAGAGCAAAGCUGUGAGACAUUGAGAGGGAUGGGAACCAGGGCAAGGAAGAUAGAGGGGGAGCUGGGGAGAGUGUUGUAUUUCUGUCUGGCAUAUGUGCACACAGGACUUUUCCUCAGCAGCUUCUGUUUAAUCCUCCUCUUGAUAGCUGAAAGAAUAUUUUGCAUGAGGAUUUCCAUAUAUUUCCCUGCCUUUAAAAGAAGCCUUUGCCAGCUGGGUGUUUCCCAGCAGAUUCUGACAGGGUAAGCGUUCUGGGGGUGAAAAUAGAAACUAGGCAGCUCUGUGUGAAGUGCACCCUAAUUUUUGGCAGAGAGAGAGAGAGAACGUUGGCUCAUCGUCCUAGCUGUGGGGUGGAGGAGGUGAAGGGGGUGAGGAGGCCUGGAGGAAGGAGCCUUGCUUCUCUCUUUUUAGGGUGCUUACAGGAUUUGUGCCAAAUUGGAGGUUCCUGAACCCCCUCUUCCCACACCCCUAAGAUUAGGGGGAGUCAUUGGUUCUCUGGUAUUUGCCAGGUUCUCUCCAUCCCUCUGUUUAGGGGUCUCUCAGCCCUCAGCUGCGGGGCCUGAGUAUUAUACUGAGUCAGUAUCUUUUACUCACAUGGAUUUUCCUUCCUCUCUCUUUCUCUCCCUCCCUCCUUUUUCAUGUCUCUUUCUUUUCUGUUCUCUCAUCACUUUGCUUUUCCUCUUCCUCUCGAUUUGUGCUGCUCUCCCUUUCUCCUCCAUGCUUGAUUUCUCUCUGCCUUUGGUUUUGUUCUUUGUGUCUCUCUCGUUUUCUAGUUGUUACAAGCCAGAGGCCUCAGGAUGUGAUACCAACGAUCAACUCCAGCCUUUUAAUUUCCAUUUAAAAUCUUUAUUUUUGUACUGUAGUUUAUGGCAGCCCUCUGGGGGAAAGCGUCGCAGCGACUCCACUCCUCACCCUCAACUUGUUGCCUUUGUUUUUAAAGUUCUGUUUUGGAAUAUCGUUUCUGAAGCUCACACCCGCAUCCCCCCUGAGAAAGGCAGAUACCCCCGCCUGUGUGUCUGACUUGCUGCAGAGGAUGUAAUCCACACCCUGCAUUCUCCCCAGGCCCACAGAAUUCCCCUUCUUUAGGGUCACAGUCAGUGCUUAAUUUGUGCCAAGGCUAGGCUUGGCAGCUCAUAGGCCCGGCACCUCUGGACUUGCCGCAUCAGUUUUGAAAGUAAAUCAUUGCUUGAGCCCCGGCACCUCUUUCAUACAAAUUAAGCACUGGUCACAGUGACCCCUGCUGGAGAGGACAGAACUCAGCAGCUACACGCUUCCUUCCUACCCCCACCUGCUGACUAGAUUCAGGCCUGUGUGUUUGAUUUACUGUCAGAGCCACUGUUGGGGAGGGCAGUUGAGCUGUGCUUGUCACCAGGGGGCAAAUGAGGAAUCCCUGCCUCUUUCCAGAUAGCCUGUACUUAGCACAAGGAGAAAAGGGGCAGCACUGACCCUUUGCUGGGUAAUAUACACACAGAGGCCCUGCAGUGAGAGGUUUAAUUUCAAUGGGGGAGAAAGAGGCAGGAAUAUAGCAUGGCGUACCUGGCUUCUGAUGUAGCUUCUGACUGUUCUAGGAAGGAGAUGCCUGCCAGUGCUUCUAGGCAUGGGAUGUUUCCGCUGUGUUAUAACUCCUGAAUAAAUGUCACUGUCCAUUA